UUAGCAUACCCCUUCAAAUCUCCCAUAAAGCAAAUCUAAAACCAUAAAAGGGUUCAUUUAAUUAAUUCCUUACAUGCUUCUUAUGAAUUACAAUAUCCAAAAUAAUCAUGGAUCAUAAUAAUAAGAAUCAUGAGGAAAUGCAUGAUGGCAAUAAGCAGCAGCAUUUCAUGCACAUGACAUUCUUCUGGGGGACAAAGUCCGAGGUUCUGUUCGCCCAAUGGCCUGGAGACAGCCAGUAUUGGAUGUACGCACUCGCUCUGCUCUUUGUCUUCGUCAUGUCCUUCCUUGUCGAGUGGCUCUCCCACACACGCUUCACCAAACCCGGUUCCAGAAACAUUGUUGCCGGUCUGGUUCAGACCUUGCUGUACCUCCUUAGAGUUGGUUUGGCCUACCUUGUUAUGCUGGCGCUCAUGUCUUUUAAUGGUGGUGUGUUCUUGGUCGCUGUGCUCGCUCACGCUCUUGGCUUCUUCUUGUUCCGUAGCAGGGCUUUUUCUAAACCGCCAAAUCAUGAUCUUCCUCCAAUGUCUUGUUAACUAAUCAGGGUCUAUGCUGCUCUUUUCUUUUCUUUUUUCUUCAUGAAAUAAUUAUUACAAGUUCGAUCUUCUUCACAUUUUCAUCUUGGAAUUUUCAAAAAUAACAAAUGAUGGAACA